GGCAAACGAUCAUGAUAAUAGAACAUAGACCUUCGAAGCUUGGAAGAAAGCCACUGGUUGUUGUUAAUGGAGAUCGGGCCUAAGAUUAGUGGAGAAGAUGUAAUCGAAAAGCUCAAGGAUGACGGCGACUUCGACAAACUCCGUCUCAAAAUCAUUCGCAAGCUGAAAGACAAUGAAGAAUUGCGCAAUAAUAUAAUUGCAAUAGUGAAGCAAUCUGCAGCUCUUAAUCGGGCAGGAGCUGAAAAUGUAAAGCCUCGGCAACUUUCUGAUGCGAUAUAUGACGAGGUUGGGGAAGAAAUAAUGAGCAAGGUUUCUGAUAACUUAUGGGAGAUAAUCAGAUCAGCUGAUGGCAUGAAAAAUGAAAUCACAGAAACGGUACAAUCUGUCUACAAUAAGUUAGCGAACCCAAAAGCAGAGGAAAAUGCCGAAGCAUCUACCCAACAUACUAUACCAGUUCGGAAGGAAGUUAAUAAUGGUUCUAUGAAGGCCUCCACCAGUCAAUUUGACCAUUCCGAGGCUGAUCCGAUAGAACCUCCAGGUUUUUCUUUUGCCGGCAAUCAUACGAACAAUGGAAAGCAGCACGUAGAGGAGCUGCAAUUUCCAAAAUGUCAUGAAGGCAGGCACAAUAAUGAUAGUAGAAAUGUAGAGGGACACCAUCCGAACAAUGUGUUUGAUGCAGAUGAUGUUGAUCUGCCGCCAGGCUUUGUUUCAAACAGGAAGCACAACCAAAUGUGUAAAGAUGCUGGUAGUGAUGAAGACCCGGAUGUUCCUCCUGGUUUCGGUUGAAGAACUACAUUUUUACUUUGGUUUUCUUCUGAUCAUGCAGUCACCAGUUCCAAGCAUCUUGCAACAAGUAUUUGGUCGGAUCCCAUGUGCGAUGUGAUGAAAAAAAGUCGCAAUUAAUCGAUUGAUCAUCUCAUCUGCCAUGGUUUGUAAUGGAUGCAGGUGAUUGUAAUGUAUAAAGUUUGAAUUCCACGUGGAUUGAAUUGUGAAACAUUAUGUUGAGAAGAGAAUGUUGUUCAAUGUAAGGUAAGAAGUUUGAUUGAA